UGACCAUGACAACGUUCCUGGAAUUUAUCCAGCAGAAUGAGGACAGAGAUGGAGUUAGAUUCAGCUGGAAUGUUUGGCCUUCAAGUCGUCUUGAAGCCACAAGAAUGGUAGUCCCAGUGGCUGCCCUCUUCACGCCACUGAAGGAACGCCCAGACUUGCCUCCUAUUCAGUAUGAGCCAGUUUUGUGCAGUAGGACCACGUGUCGAGCUGUGCUGAAUCCCUUAUGCCAAGUGGAUUAUCGAGCAAAACUCUGGGCUUGCAACUUCUGUUAUCAGAGAAAUCAGUUUCCUCCUACCUAUGCUGGCAUAUCUGAAAUGAAUCAGCCAGCUGAACUUUUGCCUCAGUUCUCCAGCAUUGAAUAUGUAGUACAGCGUGGUCCUCAGAUGCCUUUGAUAUUUCUAUAUGUUGUGGACACAUGCAUGGAAGAUGAAGACUUGCAAGCUCUAAAGGAAUCCAUGCAAAUGUCGCUUAGUCUCCUACCACCGACUGCGUUAGUAGGUCUCAUUACCUUUGGCCGAAUGGUGCAAGUUCAUGAGCUUGGCUGUGAAGGAAUUUCCAAAAGUUACGUCUUCAGAGGAACGAAGGACCUCUCUGCAAAACAGCUUCAGGAAAUGCUAGGGCUUACAAAAGUAGCUGUUUCACAAGUUGGUCGGGGUCCUCAAGUGCAGCAGCCACCACCUUCUAACAGAUUUUUGCAGCCAGUGCAGAAAAUUGAUAUGAAUCUUACUGAUCUUUUGGGUGAACUGCAACGGGAUCCUUGGCCUGUUCCACAAGGAAAACGGCCCUUACGUUCCUCUGGAGUGGCUCUUUCUAUAGCUGUAGGGCUCCUUGAGUGUACUUUUCCCAAUACCGGUGCACGUAUAAUGAUGUUCAUUGGAGGACCAGCUACACAAGGACCUGGCAUGGUUGUAGGGGAUGAACUGAAGUUACCUAUAAGAUCAUGGCAUGACAUUGAAAAAGACAAUGCUAAAUAUGUUAAAAAGGGUACGAAGCAUUUUGAAGCCCUGGCUAAUCGGGCUGCAACAAAUGGUCAUGUUAUUGACAUAUACGCAUGUGCGUUGGAUCAGACUGGUCUUCUGGAGAUGAAGUGUUGUCCCAACUACACAGGAGGCUACAUGGUAAUGGGAGACUCUUUCAAUACAUCUUUAUUCAAACAGACCUUUCAGAGGGUGUUCACGAAAGAUAUGCAGGGACAAUUUAAAAUGGGAUUUGGUGGCACGUUAGAAAUAAAGACUUCAAGAGAAGUGAAGGUUUCUGGAGCGAUUGGACCCUGUGUCUCUCUCAACUCUAAAGGACCUUGUGUCUCAGAAAAUGAGAUUGGAACAGGAGGUACUUGUCAGUGGAAGAUUUGUGGACUUAAUCCUACUACAACACUUGCACUGUACUUUGAGGUGGUCAACCAGCACAAUGCUCCCAUUCCUCAAGGAGGACGUGGUGCAAUUCAAUUUGUGACUCAAUACCAGCAUUCCAGUGGACAGAGACGUAUUAGAGUGACCACAGUUGCCAGAAACUGGGCAGAUGCACAGACGCAGAUUCAAAACAUUGCGGCAUCUUUUGACCAGGAAGCUGCUGCGAUUCUCAUGGCUAGAUUGGCGGUGUAUAGGGCAGAGACAGAAGAGGGGCCUGAUGUGCUUAGGUGGCUGGAUAGGCAACUGAUACGUCUGUGUCAGAAAUUUGGAGAAUAUCACAAAGAUGAUCCAAGCUCUUUCAGAUUUUCAGAAACCUUUUCACUUUACCCACAGUUUAUGUUUCACUUGAGAAGAUCUCCUUUCUUACAAGUUUUUAAUAACAGUCCAGAUGAGAGCUCAUACUAUCGUCAUCAUUUUAUGCGUCAAGAUCUAACCCAGUCACUUAUCAUGGUUCAGCCAAUUCUCUAUGCCUACUCAUUUAAUGGACCUCCAGAG